AUGUUGAUUAUUACAUUUCUUAUAUUUUCAAUAGGGCUGGCAACAAUAUCAUACGAUAGCAAUUACUUUGAUGAUUGGAACAAGGAUGCUUCAACAGGGUUUACUUGUGAGAAAGGAAUAAAGCUUGAUGCAACAAUAGCAUUCUCAAACUUAUUUGAAAAUAUUCCCCAAGUGUUUAUCACCCAUGAGAAGAUAGAGAUGCAUUGGAGUAAAUAUCAGAAUGCUUCUGGUUUCAAUCUUAGUAUUUCAGACAUUACAUUAACAAGUAAGUGUAUAAUUGGAAAUCAUAGACUUUGCUAUGCAUUUGCACUGUUAAUUUGAGAGAACAUAUAGACUCAGGAUUAGGUGGUUUGCAGUUGAUGAUCAAAGAAUAUAAGUUAUCAGUUAGUUUAACUUGAUUCCGCCUCAGAAUCUCAGUUAUUAUUAUGCUAAUGCUAAUUGUGAUACUUAUUUCAUUUCAAUUACAAGUUUUAGUUCGAUAGGGCCUACAGAUGUUUAACUAUCCGUAAGUUUUAAUUAUAUUAUACAGGUUUUCUUCACCCCUCCAAAUAUUGUUUCUCUUUAUAAUCACUAUUCUAUUGGAAAAUCAGAAAACUUAAUCUCUCUUGGGUAUUAAAUUGUUUUAGGAAUCGAUGAAUUCUUCAUUAAAUCUAACUCAAUCUUAGCGCUGACAAAUUAUUCUUCUAAUGUAUAUGAUCCUAAUCAAGCAGAUCGAGUAGAGUUUUAUCCAUUUAGCGGUAUGGCUUUUCAGGAUUCAUUUAUAUUACAAUGGCUUGUAGUUAUAGAUAACAAUGGUGUUGGUACAAAAUAUUAGAUAAAUGAUUGUAAAAAUUAAAUUAUUAACAAUUUUUAGGGGGAGCAGGAUAUACUCCAAAUUAUCACAAUAAAGUUCGAAUGUUGAAAUCUUUUACCAAAUUGGCUUAACCUAUUGUGUGCAAUUUUAUUAGAUUUUCUUCAAAACUUGAAUAUAGAGGUUUGCCUAGGCCCAUGUUUUCAAUUGAGUUCACUAAUGAUUAAACUGUUUUUACAGCAAGUGCAUAUCAUACAAUAAACAAGUCGAUUUCUAACAUAGAAUUAAAAAUUAAUUGCAAUUGUAUCACUGGUAAAAAGAUAAAAAGUAAAUUGUUUAAAUGUCAGAAUUGUCCUGUAAGCUAAACUUAUUAUUAAUUUGAACAUUCCUGUUAUGGAGCAAUUAAUCUAUUAUUUAUUAAUGCUCGAUUCAUAACCUAAACUAAUGCUAUUUAAGAACUAUUAAUUGAUAUUACAACUUCAACUUGUAAAAUUACUUAAUUAAUCUACAAUCAAAAAUUAUCAACAUUUGUUAUUGUUGAUAUAUAAAUGAUUGAUGGUUGA